AUGGCCGAGGACAACAGCCCCAACCAGUCUUCCAAUACGUCGACCUCAGUUGACGCAAACGAUGCAGCAUCUGUCGCCGCCCUGACUUCAGUUGAGCUGGCAGCUCGCGGAAGAGAGGUCACGGGGUUAGACAUAUUCCAAAAGAUUAGCAGCCCCAUUGAUGGGGCGAGGGUGGAGGAACUCAUGGCGGCAAUGAACGCCGACGUGCCUACGGGCGGUGCGGACAUGGCCUACGGCAACAAAGACACCCAACGCCUGCGACUCUGGAAGCCGGACUCCGAUUAUGCGCCGAUAAUCGUUUUCGUUCAUGGUGGUAGUUGGGUUGCCGGCACCUACCUCGACUCCAUCGGUUCAACCAAGAUUGGCCAUCUGCUCGCCAAAGGAUACGCCAUCGCGUCGAUCAAUUACACUCUGGUUCCCGAAGUGACUGUGGCUGAACAGGUGCAAGAGGUCGCGGAUUCGGUGGGCUACCUGGCAAAAAAUGCAAGUCACCUCGGCGUCGAUGCGGAGAGGGUCGUCCUCGUGGGACACAGCUCUGGCGCUCACGUCGUGACUCUUCUGGGAACCGACACGAGCUACUUCGUCAGAUCCGGAGUCAGCAUCGAAACCAUACGCGGCGUCAUCGCCUUGGACGGAUCAAACUUCAACGCGGCAGCAGAGAUCAUCGACAACCCGGGAAACAUCGCCCAGAACAUGCACAUUGGACUGGGCACCGAUUUGGAGAGACUUCAAGCUAUGUCCCCGACCUACAACGCCCAGCAGCCGAACGCCAAGUCUUUCUUGCUCCUCCAAGUCCAGAGACAAGGAGACAUUCGCCAAGCUAUCGAACUGGCUGCGGUGCUCAAGACGGCAGCGACAAACAUGUAUGACACCCUUUCCCUGAGCACUUGCUUUGAUACCCUCCAAGACACCAAUUGCGACGAUCAAGCCCGCACUUGGAUCCGAAAGGCUCUCGAUGCCAAGAUCGACUUAGCAAGAUUUGUUGCCGACCGCCGAGAAAAGGGUCGAGCCACCGAGGUCGUAGGCUACCUCAAAGGAGCCUUCAACCUGGGCUUCCGAAUCAGGUUUGAGGAUGACGGGCCCGAUGCCGUCAUCCGUUUCCCUAAGCCCGGGCACAUCUCGACGGUUUUCUUGGAGGAGAAGCUUAUCAAUGAAGUACGCGCCAUCGAGUUUAUACGCCAGAACACCACAAUUCCGGUUCCCUUUGUCCAUGCCUGGGGCUUAGCCCACGAGAGUCCCCGGCAGCUCGGCCCCUUCAUCAUCAUGGAUUUCAUCGAGGGCACCUUAGCCUCGAGGAUUCUUCAAAAGCCUCCCGACGAUGACCAGCAAGAACUGAUAUUGAACCCGGACCUCGAUAGCUCCUUGCUGGACAAAUUCUACCGGCAAGUCGCUGGGUACUUGCUCCAACUGUCAAGAAUUCAGUUCAAGCAUAUUGGCGCUAUCCUGAGAGGGCCUGGAGAGCCUGCGGAGGAGAAGGGCAUAUGGUCCUCUUCCAAGAGACCCCUGACGUACAACAUGAACGAGUUGGCCACAUCCGCAGGCUACCCAACGGACAGCUUUCCAACCGCAAGCUUCGCCCGCGCCAGCGACUUCUUCAAAAGCGUGGCUCAAGAGCACCUGGUCCAUCUGCGCACCCAGCGAAAUCUUGCCUUCACCCCCGAGAUCGCCCGCGCGCGUUACAUCGCCCGCCACCGCUACCUCCAGCUCGUUGACUCCUUCUGCAGCGCCGAAGAUGACGCCGGCCCCUUCACCCCGUUUUGUGACGAUUUCCGGCCGGCCAAUAUGCUCGUGGACCCCGACACCAUGCAGAUCACGGCCGUGCUCGACUGGGAGUUCACCAACGCGAUGCCCGCCCAGUUCUCGCACGACCCGCCCUGGUGGCUGCUGCUGAACGACCCGGGCAGCUGGGUUGACCGUAACGCGGUGCAGGAGUUCCGCGACCUCUACGAACCCCGGAUGGAACAGUUCCUGCGAAUGCUUGAGAUGGUCGAGGACGAAGAUGGCCGGGACGCCCGUGAGGACGGAGACGGGGACGACCGGCGGCCGCUGUCGGUCCGAAUGCGCGCCUCGUGGGCGACGGGCCGAUUCUGGUUCAAUUUCGCAUCCCGGAAGAGCUACGACGUUGACAGUAUCUACUGGAGGGUGCUGCACGACGGGGGCGACGCGGCCGAGCUGCUCGACCCUGAGGUACGUGCCGGGAUGGACGCCGCCGUGGAGGAAAAGAUGGCACAGCUUAGGGAGUACAGAGAAGAAUACGCGAUGCGUUUCCCUGACGAGAAGACUGACAACAGCGACAAACUCGAGUCACCUCUCGAUUUCUCACCCACUUCGAUUACUCCGACACUUGUCUGGGAUGCCGGCAACCCUGCCUUCGAAGAAGUAGCAGAUAUGGAUUUGGAUCAAACAGGAUCUUACGUCGGUUCUGAAGAGUCUGGCCCCUGGCUGAAACCCACACUUCGCUCGCUGUUAGAUGAUGGGUCCGAAAGGGAUAUGACCUUCACUAUGGCCAUGUGCUUGCAACCUUUAUUCGACCAGCAUCUCCGGUAUCUCAACAUAUCUGCCUCAAGCGAGGGAAAUCGAACUGAGCCAAUCUACAAGUGGGACUCGGAUAGCGACGCCUACGACACCAGCGCGGUACGCAGACAACUCGGCGCAUUUUCAAACUCUUUGUCUAUGACCCUGCAAGAUCGACAGAUCAUGUUCAUCAACCCGGAAAGUCUCAAGUCAUCAGUGGACAACGCUCGCAACAAGUCAACGUCUCACAUGGUGUCAGAGUUUCACCCUGGCACAUGGUUUACUGCUCGAGCGGAACUCCCCGUUGAACCAUUGGCUUUAUGCCCAAACUGCUCUGGACCUAUGUACACCGGGGGAGGACGGAUUAGUACUGGUGACAUGGGCAUCGCGGAUAUGCUGUACGGCAUACUCUUCAACGACAUCAUUGCGGAGACAGCAUCGCCCGCGCGCGCGCUGCAGGCCAUCCAUUUUACAUUGGCGCGCUCUGUGUAUUACAACUUCAUCGACGUAUACGAUCUUAGCGACAACGCAACCCACGUCUACUUUCAGCUCGCGUCUGUCCCUCGACGAUUCAGGGGUUACUCGGCAUUCAUGGCGACACUCGCCUGCUUCGUCGUCACCGUCGCCGUGGUCAGCGCGUCAUUCCGCGCCACGAAGUUCAGCCUCCCCAACAACGCAUGGCACACAGUCGCGCAGAUUGCCGAGAGUCGGGAGCUUUCGGGCAUCCUUCACGAGGCGAGGGUCGCAACCGAUUCUGCGGUUGGACGUGCCAUCCGCAGGGCCGAGGAUCGAGAUGGCUUCGGCGACGAGGCCGCGAGAGAACCCAACUCGGACAAGAACUCGACGGCGUCUUUGUUUACUCUUUGGCCGCGGAAGCCGAGCAAACGCCAACUAAUCUACAAAUUGGACGCAUGGGGGUGCAAAAAGUAUAGUGUCGAAAACGAAGACGCUUUCAGCAUUCCGAAACACUUCGAGUCGCCUCCGUUCAAGUCCACAAAGACUGAAAGUCGAAACCCAUCACUCCAAAGAAGCAUCGAGCCUAAGGCAGCUGCUGAUUUGAAGGUAGCACAUUACCACGCCCGAGUAUCAGUUAUGGACAACGACGGGCCCCGCCAGAAACCCGAAGAUUUGCGCUCGGGUAACAACGAAGAGAAGCUCACACUGCUCAUCGUCGAUUAUGUGCGUGAAGCAAUGACAUCGGGGAACGUUUUCACAGAUAAGGACCACGAUGACUCCGACGACCCCAUUGGCAACGGGAAAACUCUAUUCACCUGGGCUAGUGACGUCGCCGGACUUAUCAAAGCGAAGCGGAUCGCUGCUGCGAGUAACAUCACGGCGCCAUCUACGAUAGACAAGCCCUUGCCGGAUAUAAGUGCAGUCAUAAAGGGCGAACACCCUCACCUGCUCGAGCCCGAGACCAUUGAGGAUGAGAAGGGUAGAGUCGUCAACACCAUCAUGGAGAUUUUUCUCCGAGAUAUCGACACUUACGUCUCGCAAAUCGUCGGUACGCACGAUGAUGACAACACAAGAGACGCGACGGAAACAGGGGAAACCGGAGGCCAGGCCGGAAGCUCAGCUACAAACUCUCAGGGCAGGAGAAGUAUCAAGAGACAGAAGGGCCAGGCGGGACAGAGUACUGUCCCCAAUGACGACGGAAGUGACGGAGAGAACGAGAAAGAGGAUGGGGACGAAGACCAAAGAAGACGAAAAAAGCCCACGAAGUCAUGCGACGCUGGUAAAGUCUUAUUCGCGUGCCCCUACUACAAGUGGAAUCCCCACGAGUACUGCAGGAGACAAACCUGUGCUGGCCCCGGAUGGAGCACAAUCCAUCGUAUGAAGGAGCAUUUGUAUCGAACCCACCAAAAGAGCCUCUUCCAAUGCAGAAGGUGUUGGAAAGACCUCAAAGGUGAUCGUGCUCUGGAGGACCACCAGCGACAAGAUCCGCCAUGCGAAGUAAAACCUGCGCCCACGGGCUGCGACAAGUUUGGCCCCGAGACAAGAUCUCGCCUUAAACGACCGAGAGGAACACGGUCGGAGGAAGAGCACUGGUUGGAUGUGUACCGAAUACUCUUCGAUGUGAGAGAGGACGAGCUUCCUAACCCUUACUACGACCUGGAUCUCAGCCUCUUGGCCCAGACAGAGACGUGGUCCGAGCAUGUUCGACGUGAAGUCAGGCCGCUUCUUCGAGACCUGCUCGCCACCGAAGCUGCCAGGGCUGUGGCCAAUAUUGUCCCAGACAUCCUUAGCCGCCUACACGAUCUUGUAAGGCACUUGGAGAUACCACUGAGGCAAAGUUUCGAACCUGUUCGCGAACAAGACCCGUUGGAGCCAAGCCCCAUUGUUCCUGAGCCAAGGCCCUCCGAACCAGCACUUCCUCAGCCAGUGUUUUCUGAUCCGGAAUUUUCUCAAUCAGAGUUUCCUCAACCAGAGUUCUCUUGGCCAGAGCUUUCUCAGCCGGAGUUUCCUCAGCCAGAGUUUCCUCAGUCAGUAUUUCUCGAGUCAUCAUUUCCUCUGUUAUCAUCUGCUGCACCAGAGGCCCCCGGAUACCAACGUGACAAUUUUCACAUCAGCGACCAAACGGAUGCAUCUGGUAUGUGGGAAGACUGGUCCUUCAUGGGGGAAGACUACUAUCUACCCCCGGACUUGACGAUCCAGGGCCCGCCAGCACCCGAUGGGAACAGUGACGCACUUGGAGAUACAUGA